UUUUAUUCUCAAUAAUAAAAAAUUUACUCUUGACCUUGACAGUGAUAUAUGUUGUAUAUGUAAAUCCUAGAUGAAAAAUGGGCAGAAUUCGCCCACGAAAAGAAAAAUAGGUAAAAAAAUUGGCAUAGUAUAAAUCCUAUGUAUGCUGAGGAAAUAAAAAAUGAGAUAGAAAAACUGAAUCGUAAACAAAGUUCAGGUUCGAAUUUCAUAGAUAAUAUACAUAGUAUUGUUUAUAAUCUAUAAUGAUAAACAGAUGAAAGACUUUCAAAAGAUUUGAUCCAAUUAUAAUUUUCAUAAUGACUGGGUUGACUUUGAAAAUUCAUUCAUUGAAAUUGAAUUGGUUGGGUGGUACCAAGAAAAUCGAUUAUUAACUUACAUUUCUUAUUAAAUAUUAAUUAAUAUUUAAUAUUAAUUAAAUUAACUGAUCAACUUGCUUUGUUAUCAAACAUUUUUUUCUUGAUUUCAAUUUUUUUUUUUUCAAAAAAAAAACGGAUCUAUUUUAAUAUGAGACUAACUCCUACCACUUCGGAUACUGAGGUUUCUGGACUUGAAAAAAAAAAUAUAGGACGUAUCACGCAAAUAAUUGGUCCGGUACUCGAUGUAGUUUUUCCACCAGGGAAGAUGCCUAAUAUUUACAACGCUCUGAUAGUUCAAGGUCGAGAUACUGUUGGCCAAGAAAUUAACGUAACUUGUGAAGUACAGCAAUUAUUAGGAAAUAAUAGAGUUAGAGCUGUAGCUAUGAGUGCUACAGAUGGUCUAAAGAGAGGAAUGGUUGUGAUUAACACGGGAGCUCCCCUAAGUGUUCCAGUCGGCGGAGCAACCCUAGGUCGAAUUUUCAACGUGCUUGGAGAGCCUAUUGAUAAUUUAGGUCCUGUAGAUACUGGGACAACCUCUCCUAUUCAUAGAUCCGCGCCUGCCUUUAUACAAUUAGAUACAAAAUUAUCCAUUUUUGAAACAGGAAUUAAAGUUGUAGAUCUUUUAGCUCCUUAUCGCCGUGGCGAAAAAAUAGGACUUUUCGGUGGAGCUGGGGUAGGUAAAACAGUACUGAUUAUGGAAUUGAUCAAUAACAUUGCCAAAGCUCAUGGAGGUGUAUCCGUAUUUGGCGGAGUAGGUGAGCGUACUCGUGAGGGAAAUGAUCUUUAUAUGGAAAUGAAAGAAUCCGGAGUAAUUAAUGAAAAAAAUAUUGCGGAAUCAAAAGUAGCUCUAGUCUACGGGCAAAUGAAUGAACCGCCCGGAGCUCGUAUGAGAGUUGGUUUAACUGCCCUAACUAUGGCAGAAUAUUUCCGAGAUGUCAAUGAACAGGACGUCCUUCUAUUUAUCGACAAUAUCUUCCGUUUUGUCCAAGCCGGAUCCGAAGUAUCUGCCCUAUUGGGCCGAAUGCCUUCCGCUCUGGGGAAGUCAAAAAAGGUUUUCUCCUUGAAGACAAAUAACAACAUUUUGUCAUGUCACCCAUGA